CUGCUUCAAAAGAAUCAAAAGAACAACUUUCUUUUGCAUUUAUAAGGUUUGAUUAUCACUUGGAAACAGCUAUAAUAACGAGGCACCAUUACAAGUUUACAACUAUUAACUCUUUAAGUUUUUUUUUUUUCAAAUAUUACCAAAGACCAAUGGCGACGCUGCAAAGAUUCAAGUUCCUAGCGACGCAGUGUGGAGUUGAACAAAGCCCCACACGAAGUCCAAGCCCUAGUACAAGUCCUCUUGUACAGUUUCGUCGCAAGAAGACAACCUUAAAGAUGCUCCUGAGUCUUAGAUCCCCCAGCCGCCGAGAGCAGCCAGUGAUUCAUCAGGCUGCUGACAAGGACGUGGCUGGACGCAAACUGAGAGACUUAUUCGUCUCUUCGUCUCCUCUAGAAGAAGAAGAAGAAGAAGAGGAGAGACCCAAGGGUAAAACAAAAGAAGAAGUUCUUGCAGCCAUGGCUGCUAUUAAACUAAACGCAUCUGCUAGUUCACAGUUGGAGUCAGUGGUUUGGUUCGGAUUCAGCAAGAGGCUUCUCAAGCGAGCUUGGCGUCCUAAGCUUGGCACCAUUACUGAAUAACGUAUAAUUGUUUCUCUUAUGUGACAUUGGAAACCAUUUGUUUCCUAUAUGAACAAAUAUAUAUAUAUAUAUCCUUUUAUUAA